AUGAUGGAGGUUGAGGAAGGGCCCCUAGGGCCGGCUGGUUUGGGCCCACCAGGGGCCAAUGAGGGCCCCCACUUCCGUCCCACGGGGUUCUACUCUCAGUUUUUCUCCUCUUUUCAAGGCGCCAUCAGCCAUGCUGAGACUGCCUUCGUGAGAGAGGGAGUGGCUUGUGGGGUUAGAGGGGAUGGCAGGGGUCGGGCUGAGCUGAGGCCGCGAGUGUUGGCUGUCGAUUUGCUGCCGUUCAGCUGCAGCAGCGCAGCAAUUCAGACAGAGGAAAAUACCGUCAUUGCCACCGUAGAUGCUGACGUGAUACUGCCAGGUGGCGGUGGCAACCAGGAGCCUUACUCUGUUUCGGUGGGAUGCGGCGCGGCUGAACAGGAGCUGGCAGAUGUUACGGGAGGAGAUGGAAGCUCUCUUUCAAGUUUGCUUCAAGCCAUGCUCGAGCAGCUGCUCUUGCCACACCUCAAACCCCUAACGGAUCCCAACGGGCGCCUGCAGUGGAGGAUCUCAAUAGACGUCAUUGUCCUGAGGGCUGGAGGUUGUCUCCUGGACGCAGUUAGCUUGGCCAUAUGGGGAGCACUGAAGGCUUUGAAGCUACCGAACGUCAUGGUAGAAGAGGAAGACGAGAAGGACCAGGGGCUAGCCAUCACUGAGUACAAGGUUUCCUGUGAUGAACGAAUUGCAGCAGGGGCGCCUUAUCCAAUAGACACAGUCCCUAUCCUCAUCACGGCGGCCCAGAUUGGAGACACAUACGUAUGGGACCUAACAGAGAUCGAGGCCACGUGUGGAGACAGCUUUUUAGUCGCUGCAUUCCUACCGUCCGGCGCUUGCGUCGGUCUUCAGAAGUUUGGACACGUACUUGCUGACUGCCGCACCCUGCAGACCACGUUGACGACGUCGCAGAGGCUGAGCCGGGAGAUAUUGGAGGAUCUGCAGCGCCAAGCAGAAAUGAAGAAAAGCCGCCUUAACGGCAAUUUGGAUUCUUUUUUAUCCCUAGCCUCACUGUAA